UUAUAAUUAAAUUUUACAGUUAUGGAGCGUUGGUCAAGCAAAGUAGCAAUUGUCACUGGCGCCAGCUCCGGCAUCGGUGCGGCCCUUAGCUUGCGUCUCGCCAACCAUGGUCUGACGGUCGUGGGAUUAGCUCGCAGGACUCAUCUUAUUGAUGAACUUGCUUCUAAAGUUACGGGAGACGGCCGCAUCGUCACAAAAAGUUGUGACAUUUCAAAGCCUGAGGAUAUAGACGCGGCAUUUCAAUGGGUGGAGCAGAAAAUAGGAGGGCCGCACGUGCUCGUUAACAAUGCUGGUGUCUUAAAAACAGGCUGUAUCACAGACGCUGGCGACAAUCCAUUGAGCGACGACGCCAUUUUGUCUACACUCGAUGUUAACCUUAAAGGAAUGAUCAUGUGCACGAGGAAGGCCGUUUCCUCCAUGAGGAAGAGAAAUUUCAACGGACAUAUUAUAAAUGUUAACAGUAUAGCAGGACACUACGUGCCGUUCAAAUCGAGCUUGAAUGUGUACCCGAGCACCAAGCACGCUGUCACUGCGUUCACGACAGCUCUUAACACGGAGCUGGCCGAGUUCAACUGUCAAAUCAAAGUCGCGAGUGUUUCACCUGGACUAGUAAAAACAGAUAUGGUCACCGAUUUUAAAGACGACAUGCCGAUUCUGGAACCCGAGGCUGUAGCUGAUGCUAUACUUUAUAUUCUCUCCACACCCCCCAAAGUAAAUAUAACAGAAUUGACGAUUGAGUCAACAUUAGAAAGAAGACUGUGAAUUUGUAAUUUACGGCAUAAAAAUUAACAUUUAACCGGAAGACGAGGAAAAAACUGCCGAUGAAGCCACUCCCAGUAUUGAUGUUCCAAACUGUAAUAUAGCUCGUAAGAUAUCUAGCUUCAGUGUCCACAGUGGUGAUGGUGCAUGUUCAUCAGUAGUAUCCGGACUACUCUGUAAAAAUAAACAAUGAAAA